UACCAAACAAACACACUUAGUUAUUAUACUCUCUCCUCUCUCAAAAGUAUCCAUGGCUUCCGGUAGUGGUGGUCCGGCGGCAACCCAUAAAAGCCGCCGCCACCACCACCACCACCGAAUUGAGCCAAUACCAGCUUAUGACGACCACCACCACCACCACCACGGCGGUGCUGCUUCCGCCGACACAACCGCAUUUUCAGCUCCACUGAUUUUCCGGCCAAAAUCAACUCCUCGCCGGAAUAAUAAUAACCCAUCCUUAUCUUCAUCAUCAUCAUUCUCGUCACUUAAUUCGUCAUCAUCUUCUAAUGGGUCACUCUCAUUAAGCUCUCUUACACUUCCAGAUGAUUCUCCGUUUAGUACUCCGGCUAGAACUCCUCUUAGCAGAUUUUCCGGCGUACCCUUCUCUUGGGAGCAAAUUCCGGGAAAACCCAAGAACGAGGAAGCCACAAAAAAGCAAGACUCAGCACAAUCAAGUCUUCUUCUUCUUCCAUUGCCACCGGCAAAUAACAACAACAAUUCUUCUUCCUUCAGGAAGAACAGCAAUAAAGAAAUAGCCAUGAUUGACAAUUUGGUGAGCAAUAUUUCUCCAAGAAAAUCUUCCUACGACCCGAAUGAAAGCUUCAGAAAAGACCCAUUUUUCGCAGCAUUUGUUGAAUGCUCUAAGGACGAUGUUCAUCUUCACCGGAAAUACUGGAACGGGUCAUUAUCAUCUCCAUCAACAAAAAUGGUUCCGGCGAAAAGUAAUUUAAUUGGUCGUUUUGGAUUCAUCAAUAUGUAUUCUUCUUGCAAAAUGAGUUGUGGAGUUGCAGAAUCCAUGGUUUUAGUUCCGAGAAGAAGAUCAUCUAGAGCUUAUAAUUUGAUCAAUCGCCGCUCAAUUUAGCUGAAAAAAAAAAUGUUAGCUGAAUUAGUAGUACGGGCAGGAAGCAUCAUCCAUAUUGUCCAUAGAUAAGUGUAUGUUUUUUUUUUUUUGUUUUCUUCUAUGAAAUUACUCUGUUUUACUCUGUUUUCAGUCUCCAAUGGAUAAAUUAUACUUUACUUUCUUUUUCUUUCUGGCCCCCCUUUUUUUUGGGGGGGAAAAGACACUUUUACGUUGGUUACUUCAGAAAAUUUCAGAUACGUUCUUUUGAGCUGUAGACUGUAUAUUGUGAAAUAGCCGUUUAAUUCUGAUUAUCGAUAUGGUAGCAUAGCAUGCAUACUUAAACCAAAUUAAAGAAAAAAAAAUAGAGUUGUACGUAGUAAUACUCCUGAUGUUAGUGGUUUUGUUAAAGAAAAAGAAUGUCGAUUUCUUUGAAAUUUGGACUAUGAAUGUCGGGUUCAGGUCCAAACAAUAAUCGACGCUAAUAAUCUUGAUAUCAUGUGUUUGAGUUUUUAGCGAGCGUUGUACAUUAUUUUGAUAACACUUGAGUUGUAUUUUACAUUCAUUUCACAAUAUAGUCUAUCGUAUAUAGUAAUUGAGCAAACUGAAGAUUGCAAAAACAAAAUGGAACAAAU